ACCGAUGGGGCGAGGGGCAGGAGGCCUGGAGGGGAGCGCAGGCGGCUUGAGCCGGGGCGUGGAGAAGAGCCCUGGAAUUCGGGGCGAGGCCGAGGGCAGGGUAGGGAUGGGGCUCUGCCUUCCCCCGAACCCUCCCCGGCCUAAAAAUAGUCAAAACUGUGGGUUAUGGGGUAUCGCACCGUGCUGGGUGUCAGGGGACCUUACGGAAAUCUCUUAUUCUCGUGCAGCAUCUUUCACCGGAGGAUCCCGGCAUGCUUAGCUGAGUUGGAAAAGAGGUUUCUCUUCCUCGCAGGCCUUCUAGCCGGCCUCACCAUGUUCGGCAGGAAGAAGAAACGCAUCGAAAUCUCUGCCCCCUCCAACUUCGAGCACCGAGUCCACACCGGCUACGACCAACAAGAGCAAAAAUUCACGGGGCUGCCGCGGCAAUGGCAGGGCAUCAUCGAGGACUCGGCCAAGCGCCCCAAGCCGCUGGUGGACCCCGUCUGCAUCACCACCAUUCAGCACAGCUCCCAGAAGGUAGGCAGCUCUGCCAGCGUGGCCACUGGCCCGCUCAGGGUGGGCCGGUGAUGUGGCUUUUGGGGCCGAAAAGCCAGGUUGGGGAUCGCCCGGGCUCCGGUGAGGCGGCGGUUCGGUCUCUCUCUGACGGGAGCGGCGCGUCCCCCACGGCCGCUCGGCUGCGUGAGAUGGGGACCACCCCACCACCGCCCGCACGAUGGGAAAACCUCUCCCGCAUCCUCCCGGCAGCUGGAGAAAAAAAAAAAAAAACAAACCAAAAAAAAAAAAACCACGCGGCAAGAAGACGCCAAGGAAACGGUGUCUUUUCCUUCCCAUCUCAUCCCUUCCCCAUCCCUGUGUUUCCCCAAGCCGCCAUUAUGUCGUUUUUUUAGUCUUGGCUUGUCUGCUCCCCUCAAAUCGAGGCCAUUCCUCCACCUUCCCCUUCGUUUGAGGUCCCGGCGCUGGCGUUCCUGAGUAGCCGGUGGCUUCGCCGCCUCGGCUGGUUUCCCUCGGACAAUGGGGCAGCUCCAGCGGCCGUGAGUAACGCCGGCUGCGGCCCUUCCGAGCGAAGCCGCCGGCGCCGUUCUGCUGACCCAAAAAGAUGCUGAAACCCCCUCGGCGCUGCCGUAGCCCCGCAGCGGCGGCGCCCGACCGGGCUUUGAUGCGGAGG